AUGGAUCGGCGCUGGGCCGUACCUUCCCCAGAGCUGCGCUUCACAGGUGAGCAGGUGAACGUGACCUCCUGCCGCGGCAGUCUGCGCUUCUCCGACUUGAGCUCCCCUGCACCUGCAGCCUCUUCACGACACCUGCAGCUCCCCUGCACCUGCAGCCUCUUCACGACACCUGCAGCUCCCCUGCACCUGCAGCCUCUUCACGACACCUGCAGCAUCUUCCCUGCACCUGCACCUUCUUCCCUGCGCCUGCAGCUUCCACCUGUGUCUGAGUGCAAGAAUGCCGAAGCAGGCUGCUUGGUGACAUGCCCCCUGGCUCAUCGCAAGGGGCACCAGGACUCAUGCCCAUUUGAGCUGAUGGCCUGUCCUAAUGAGGGCUGCACUGCACAGGUGCCUCGUGGCACCCUGAGUGAGCACCAGCAGCACUGCCAGCCAGGUGCUCAGCAGCGCUGCUCUCUGGGCUGUGGGGCCACCCUGGGUCCAGCCCAGCGUGCUAGCCACAACUGCUACCGGGAGCUGCGUGAGGCCUGGAGCGAGCGCCAGGAGCGCAGCCGGGUCCUGCUGUUGCGCCUGCUGCAGCGCGUUCGCCGGGUGCACCGGGCCACUAGCCUUGUCCGUCGGCAGCUGGCCCAGCUCAGCAAAUUCCUAGAGGAGGACGAGACCCUGCUCAUGGGUGCCCCGCCUGAGGCGGUUGAGGGCGCCCCAGAAGGCAGUAUGGGGGCUGAGGUCUGGGGGACCCAGGGCUAAGGUACCUUGUAAAUAGAGGUGAAUAAAUGCAAAGCCCAGGC